CAGAAGUUACUGAUUAUAAAUUUAGGAGGCCAUGGACGAGAGUCUCAGCUGUUUCAGUUUGGGGAAUGACAGAUAGCUCAAUCUUGGACCAGUGGAAAGCAAGUCUCACUGUGGAGGACUUCCUUGAGAAGAAAAUAAUUACAGGAAUGGUGACUCCAAUUAACUGUGAAUUUGAAGGAAUUGUUCCAAGUUCAAACCCAGAUUCCCAAAUUGAAGUUGAGGAAGCCAGCUUACAUACCUAUAAGGACUACAGUGAAGUCUUUACCCCUAUUAGCUGUGUAGAAAAAUGUCCAGCAUUUCAAGCACAGGACCAAGAUUUGCUUAUUGAUGCUGAAGAAUUAAUUUUCACAAAUAAUUUGAUGGCCUAUAAAAGUCAUCUACCAACCGUGCAUUCUCUGUUGAGUAGGCUAAAACCGUUUUCGAUAAAGGACCCCCUUUUAGAUUUCAAAGAACAGGUCUUCAGAGAAGCUGAUUUUUUCAGGGAAUGCUUUCCUUUUCAAGGAGAUUUUAAAGAUCUUAUGAAAGAAGAUUCUUACAUGGAUAAAGAGAACUUUUGUCAGGAGAAGCUAGAAGAUACAGUAAGUUUAAAUGAACCAUCAAUGUUUUCUGAGUGUGAAUUAAUACCUCCAAGCCUUGAACAAGAAGUUGGUAUGCCAUCACUUUCAGAACUGAAGGAGUCAUUAAACUUAGUGCCAGAAAUAAUAACUUAUGAAGAUGAAAGUGAACACAAAAAACUUUUCAAAAGAGAUCUUACUAACAAGCACGCAGUUGACAUUGAGGAUAUAAAAUGCAGCUCCACGGAGAUUUUGGUCAUCCAAAGCCAAUGCGAACCAGAGCGCCAUGAACCAGAAGAGUUAGAAAUGCCAUUACCUUCUCUACACCUAACAAACCAACAUUCUUCUGUGAAUUCCUUAUGUACAAGACUUCAGACAUUUCCACUUUCUCCUGUUUGUAAAACUAAUUUGCUUACUGCUGAAAAAUCAGCUGAUGAAGACUGUGUGGUGGGGCAACCAGAAAGCUGCAGAAGCUCUUUGAACUCGUUUUUGCUUCCAGUGCCAAGAAUGGAAGAGUCCAACAGUCAACAUUCAGCUACAGAUUUGAAAGAGAUAUUUUCAAUUGAAGAAGAAAGCCUUGUGGUUACUCCUGUAGGCCCAGAGUGUUGGAAGCAAACAGGACUAAAUCUGACUAAAACUUUGGAACAUCUGACUACAUCUUUCAGUCAUCGGGAUCUAUCUUCUGAUGAUACUAAAAUUGAGACAUUUUUGCCUACAAAAGUACCUGAAUUAGAAUCAUGGCUAGACCAUGAAAGUUGUCCUCCCUCACCUACUGUACUUAUCCAUGAGGAAUCUACAAGUGAUAAUUUAUCACUUCGGCAACAAAGUUCAUCUCCGGCAAAAGAAAGACCAGAUCUGUGUUUUUCUGAUGAGCGUUUCUCUGUUCAAAGUCCAACAAAAGAUGCAAAGCCAGAGGAGGGUCAAGAACUGGUUCAUCGGCUAACCCACGAUAAAGAAAAGAGUGAUUGCCUGGGGCUUGACUGCGCAGUGCCAUCCCCAGAAUUGCCUUCCUCUUCAAAAACUGAAAAAGCACCUUUUCUGCUUGGUGAAAGACGGGAGGGUGGUUUGGACCUUCUGAGUGACUUUAUUAUGAUGCGAAAUAAGCAUAAAAUUUGCACCUCAAAGACUGAAGUCACAGAUAGUGAUGAAAAAAAUGAAUUUCCAGAUAAAGAAGAACAUCCUUUGACUCUUCAAGAAGAAAGUCCCAUUGUUUGUACUGAUAAAACUCUAGAGAAAAUAAAUCAGGAAAGGGGAGCAGAUAAUGUCAUUGAGAUUCAAGCAUCAGAUAGCCAGUGCCAAGCCUACUGUCUUCUGGAAGCAGCAGCUACCCCUAUCUUAAAAAAACUGGGAUGCCUCUCUACUCUCCCUGUUGCUAAUUGGAAAUUUGCCACCGUUAUUUUUGACCAAACAAGAUUCCUCUUAAAGGAACAGGAAAAAGUAGUAAGUGAUACUCUUCAUCAAGGUACAAAUGAUGAAAGAGAAACAGCAUUUAAGCAUGCUGGUCUUUUACACCUUCUGGUCACAAUUCGAGAUGUCCUUCUAACAUGUGACUUGGACACAGCAUUGGGAUGUUUAUCAAAUGCAAAAGUUGUAUACAAAAGCAUUUUAGGCUCCUAUUUGGAUGACAUUUGGAGACAGCUAGAGAUCGUACAGUUUAUAAGGGAAAGAAAACCUGAAAUCAAUUACAGAAUACAAGAAUUGCAAUGUCAGAUACUGAAUUGGAUGCAAAGUAAACAGCAAAUUAAGGUGCUGAUUAUAAUAAGAAUGGACUCAGAUAGUGAAAAACACUUAAUCCUUGAAAUCCUUAGCAAAAUAGAAGGUUUAACACUGACUGUCUUACAUUCCAACAAAAGAGAAGAUUUUCUGGAAUCUGAAGGUGUUUUAAAUGGCGCAAGUUCCUGUGUGGUAGUACAUAAUCAACACAUUGGAGCAGAUUUCCCCUGGAGUAGCUUCUCUUGUGUGGUGGAAUACAAUUACGUAGAAAACUCUUGUUGGACUAACCACUGCGAAAAACUGAAUAUCCCAUACAUGGCCUUUAAAGUGGUGCUUCCAGACACAGUUUUGAAGAGAAGCAACUUGCUGGAUAGUUUUGGUGGUUUUCUUUUGGAAAUUCAGAUUCCAUAUGUGUUUUUUGCAUCUGAAGGACUUCUUAAUACUCCAGAAAUACUUCAGUUGCUAGAAUCCAACUAUAACAUCACACUAGUGGAGAGAUGCUGCAGUGAGUCGUUGAAAUCCUUUGGAGGUACAGAGUGUUAUGUAGUAGUGACAGUUGAUGAACACACUGCCAUAAUUUUGCAGGACCUAGAAGAAUUGAACUGUGACAAGGCAUCAGACAACAUCAUCAUGAGGCUGAUGGCAUUAUCAUUCCAGUACAACUAUUGUUGGAUAAUUUUAUAUGCCAAAAAAACAUUAGACUCAGAGUACUAUCUUACAGAAAAGACGCUUCAUCACCUAGCACUGAUUUAUGCAGCUUUAGUUUCAUUUGGGCUGAAAUCGGAAGAACUGGAUGUAAAGCUUAUAAUUGCUCCAGGAGUGGAAGAGACUGCAUUGAUAAUUCGACAAAUUGCUGACCACAAUUUAAUGACCUCCAAGAGAGAUCCUCAUCAAUGGUUGGAUAAAUCUUGGCUUGAAGUUUCACCAUCUCAGGAAGAAAUGUACUUACUUGAUUUUCCAUGUAUUAACCCAUUGGUGGCUCAGCUCAUGUUAAAUAAAGGACCUUCGAUACACUGGAUACUAUUAGCAACUCUUUGUCAACUUCAGGAACUCCUACCUGAAGUUCCAGAAAAAGUGUUGAAGCAUUUUUGUGACAUCACUUCCUUAUUCAAGAUUAGUUCUUCUUCCACUACAAAAUCACCUGAAACUUCAUCACCCCAGGAAAGUAGGAAUCAGACCAGUACUUUCCCUUCUCAGAGUCCAGCUUCUGACUCUUCAGACUCUGUCAUUCAAGAACAUAAUGAAUAUUACCAGCAUUCAGACUUAGGAGAGAUGGUGCAGGAAGCCACAAACAGCACCUCAAAUAACUCUCCCCUUUUGGAACUAAGAGAAAGAGAAAUGCCCUGUGUUUCACCACCUGUGACUUCUUACAGUCAGACCAGCUAUUGGAAAGACUCCAGUUGUAACCCUAACAUAGUGCAGAAUAAUCCUUUUCUGAUUAAUAUGGAGUCAAGGAACUCCACUGGCUACUCCUUUCUAAACCAGAAUGAUUCACAGACAGAUGUCUUUUCUUUGGGUCUAACACAAAUGAAUUGUGAAACCAGAAUAUCACCGAUCAACACUCAGAAGAGAAUUGCCCUGAAUUUUAUAAAUUAUCAGAAAAAGGGAACACAUGAAGCAAAAAGACCUGUAAGUGAAGAAGUAUCUGCCCCUAUCUUUUCAUUAGGAGGCUCUCAAUCACCUCGGCAUUGGAACGUUAAGAAAAAUGUGUGGGAGCGACAGAAUCACUCAUUCAACUUACAGUAUGGUGCAGAGCAGACUACAUGUGACAGAUGGUACUCUCAGAAAGAAAACUUGUUCACUAAUCAACAAAAAUGUCUAUCAGAUGAGUCAGAAGGCCUCCUAUGCAAAAGUUCAAAUGGUAGGACUAGCAAGACUUUCUGGAAAGAAUUACCAUCUGUUCCCAGUUUGGAUUUAUUUUGUGCUUCUGACUCUAAUGUAAAUCAAAAAGAAUUCAACAGUCUUUAUUUCUACCAAAGAGGCAGAACAUGUUUAGGACAGAAAAGGCACACUGAAUCUUCAUCUAACCCAGGAGACAAGAAAUCAUUAACAGAUUUCACAUGCUCACAACUACCACAAUUCAAAAAACAACGCCUACUGUAUGAAAAAGUCCCUGGUAGAGUCGAUGGACAAACUCGCCUAAGGUUUUUUUGAAAAAGAAAAGAAUAGUGCUACAUGCAACAUUCCAUUGCUUUUGUUGAUAACCCAGUCACAGAAUGUUUUAGAUUUAGUCAGACAUUAAACAAAAUGCAAUUGUUCUUAGAUGUUUUCCGUUUUCUAUAUUAAGUUUUCCUAAUAUAUAUUCUGCCCUCUAGUUUGCAUCUUUGCAAGUCAAAUAUUCUAGUUAGCAUAGUAAUUGUCUUAAGAUCCAAAUAUCUCUAGAUUAGCCUUUGUUAGGGCGGCAAAAGUGUCAGUUCAGCCUCCAAGAUCCUCUCCCAAACACCCCAUCACACGGAAUUGUCUGGAACAGCCCCAACUUCCCAGAUUGGCUCUUGCAAUAGAAACUUCUAUUCUUUCUCAGAGUGUUUCAUUUCCCUGUGAGGUUUUCCAUGUUCUAAAGGGAGUUACUUGCAUUUAGAUUCAUUGCUGGUGGUAGUGAUGCUGACCUUUGAGGUCUUGUGAGAGGCCUCGCUCUAAGUUCCUAGGUCCAGCUCAAACUUUGUAGGCCUC